AUGAAAGUCUCUAAUCUUUUGUUGUCUCUUCUCCCUCUGACAGCAGCUGCAUCAAGCAUUCCCCAAACUCGCACAGUUUCUGCUCUUGAACCAGCCUCAUCCGCCGAAUGCUGCCCCUUCACUUACAAACCGACAUGUACCAAGAAUCUCGAACGAGUUUAUCACAUCAAGCUCUUCUACAACCGAAAGGAAGGCAUUACGCCUGAGCAGUUCAACGCCUACUGGGCCAACAACCAUACCAAGACUGCUGGAGACUUUCACUUACGUUUUGGGGUUUACAAGUACUCGCAGUACCACUCUACCCCUGAACUUCGAGACAUUCUUCGCGUCCCCGGUGCAGCUCCAGUGCUAGAGUUCGAUGGCGCUGCAGAAUUCUGGGUUCCAACUAUGGAGACGUUCCAGGCUAUGGGAUCUGAUCCAUUCUACAGAGAUGUGAUUACUCCUGAUGAGAACAACUUCAUUGAUCACUCCUCCAUGAGGAUGAUUGUUGGUUUCGACUAUAUCAUGGUGGAUAACCAAAACGCUGUCACGGAGCAUGGAAGAACCUUUCAAUAG